AUGAAGCUCAUCUAUUUAGUAUUUUUAAUUGCUCUUCCAGCUAUAAUUUCUACUGUCAGUCGAGGUGGAAUAGCAAAAGCACAAGAAGAUGAUGUUGAUGAUGAAAUGGUUGAUGUAGAAGGAGAGGAAACUGCAGUUGUUGGUGAGGAUGCACCUGAGGAAGAAGAGGCACAAGAUAAACCUACAGGAUCUCCUGAUGCAGAUACUACAAUAUUGUUCACAAAACCUGCUCAAGUACCUGGAACCAUAAUGGAGUUGCCAGGAGGUGUUCUAGUGGAAUUCCUUGUUGGUUUCAAAAACAAGGGUUCACAAGAUUUUGUCUUAGAAACACUUGAUGCCUCUUUCAGGUAUCCAAUGGAUUUCAAUUUCUACAUUCAAAAUUUCUCCACUCUUGCAUAUGAGCGUAAUGUGUCACCUAAUCAAGAAGCAACUCUUUUUUACUCUUUUAUGCCAGCAGAAGCCUUUGCUGGAAGGCCUUUUGGAUUGAGUGUCAAUCUGAGAUACAGAGACCUGAAUGGAAACCAGUUCUAUGAAGGAGUGUAUAAUGAGACUGUCAACAUCAUUGAACUCGACGAAGGCCUUGAUGGAGAGACUUUCUUCUUGUAUGUGUUCCUUGGCGCCUUGGUUGUGCUAAUGUUAGUCGUCGGUCAGCAGUUCCUCUACUCCGUUGGUAAGAAAAGGGGAACUAGCACGAGCUCUGCUAGCAAAAAACAUAUCGAAAUGGGUACAUCAAGCCACAACGAUGUCGACUACAACUGGCUCCCCUCAGAAAUUUACAACGAAUAUGUUCUUGACCCAAAGUCAUCGAGAGUAAGCAAGUCGCCCAAAGCCAGCCCCCGGCAGAGAAAAGCAAAAAGAGCAGUAGGCGAUGAUUGA